AUGGAAGAGUAUCUAAAAACUCUGAGCAAUACCUACAGAAAUGUAGAACUUCAAGGGAUUAGUAAAACCGCUGAGAAUCGAUCGGUUUAUUUGGUGAAAAUAACAUCUCGUCAGGAUCAUAUUUGUCCGGUACCAAAGAAAGUGAUUCUAAUGGAUGCGGCCAUAGAAGGAAACGAUUGGAUCACCACCUCCGUGGCUCUCAAGACUAUUCAUGAGUUGGUGGUGAAUUAUGAAGAGAAUAUAAAGUUGCUGGAGCGCUUCGACUGGUACAUCCUGCCCAUGGUCAAUCCAGAUGGGUAUCAAUUCUCUAGACAACCUCUGUUUUUACAUUGGAAGAAAAAUCGUUCUCCGAAUGGUCAGUACUUUGGCACCAAUUUAAAUCAAAACUUCGCUUCGAACUGGAAUAAGUUGUAUUCUAAGCAUUCCUCACCCUGGAGCCAGAAUUUUAUUGGGAACAACCCAUUUUCGGAACUGGAAUCUAAUAUUAUCGGAAGUCUAAUGACAAAUCUGCUUAAAGAGAAGAAAGCCUUCCUUUACAUAACCCUUCAUACUUCAACAGCACCGUCUGUUUUUUAUCCCGAGCCAUUCGAAUUGUCUCCCACGAAACAAAUUGAGAUGUCCAAGAAUAUAGCCUUUUACGGCAGUAAAAUGAUAUUUGAAAAAGCGAAGCCCUAUUAUGCGCACAUCCCACCCAAGGAAUUCAGAAGAUUGGGUGGUACCAGUCUGGACUACGCUUACGAACAGGGCAUCCCUCUAACUUUCUCAAUCGCUCUGUUUGAAGAGCAUUUAUAUUCCUCAAUGCGUUAUUUCGAUAACCGGGCCAUCGUGGGUUGGAAUGGAGUGUUUGGCCUGGUCGAAGGUGCCGUAAAGUAUGGUUGUAAUUCUCCUUUGGAAGACAAAUGCAAGUGUCUUCAGGAGGAAGACGAAGAGGAGGAGGAAGAAGAAAAGGAAGAUAAGAAGGAGAAAACUGGCGAUGAGUUCAAAGUCCUAUUCAUACAUUCAGAAUCCAAUAAUUCCAGUAAAUCUUCAGAUUAA